UGAAACAUUUGGCCUGAUUUGUCUCUAUGUUAAUGUCCUUUAAGAAGUCACACAUUACUUCCCUUUUUAAAGUGUUACAGGAACGAGCUUGACUACUGAGUACUGGAGUGACCAGUAUUUGCAACAUGGUGUCUCUUCUCCUUUUUCUUUUCUUUGUUUUUAAAUGUAUGGAAUGGUAAUGGAAAACACCUGUUUAUGUUUGGGAUGAAAUCAUUGAGUUGUCAAUUACAACAAAGCCUUUUUCACUUCAGGUAAACACUGCAAAUUUCACAGGUUCAGUAGUGAGUGUUAAAUCUGCAGACAACUGAUAAGGACAAAGUUGUCGCCUGUUCGUAGCUGAAAAUAGUUAUAAUCUAGCACCUUUAAGUGUCAAGAGGAAGUUGUUAGAGAGAAUAUAGUCAUGCCUUAUAAGGGGAUGAUUUAAUGAGUGAUCACUUCAGGGACUUUUCUGAGAACUCAACUUAAAGAUGUUGCACAAUUAAAAAACAACAACACACUGUUAACACAGAGGUUCUUUCAAAGAGGCUGCAUGCAGUUGAACUAAGAUUUAGACAAAUACUUUUAUCUACAGAUAUUUAAGUCAUAAUUACUUACUCAUAACUUAGCUGACACUGCAGAUAUAAGCCAGUGAUAAACAUAUUUACAUCAUGCACAUAAUGUAUUGUGCAUUUCAAUGUAAACAGAUAGUUAGUAGAUAGGACUGUGGGUUUGUUAUGAUGAAAACAUUUUUUAAGGCCACAAAUACGGUAUUUCCCUGAAAUUCUCUGAAAGUUUCUAACAUUCACAAAGAUUAUUAAAUAAAGGACUUGUUCCAUUUCAUUCAUUGUUUAAGUUGCACAUCAUCGUAUGUGCAUAUUUAAUAUAUCACCUUGAUAUUUUAGAGAUUUUUUCUCAAGGUGUGUCAGUGUGUGUGUGUGUGUAUGUGUGUGUGUGUGUGUAGAGAACCAUCCUUGUUGUGCAGAGAGCAGUAUAAAGAAAGGAGGAAGAGUCAGUUCAGAGCAGAGCUCGCUGUGGAGAGAAGAGGGCAGAAGAGCAAGACAAAAACAGGUGUUCGUGCCUUUGAAAGAAGGUGUUUUUCCUGUGGAGGGAGAGACUGAGUGACUUAAUCAUCAAAUCAGGAUGUUUGUUCCCAUUUGGGCAACUUUGCUCUUCUCUGUGAGAUGCCGCAGUGCUGGCACAGGUUCCUUUCCAGGAGGAAAAGAAAAUUGCCAACAAGGAUCCUACUCUAUCACUCUUAGUAAAGGAAAAGUAACAGCAGAGGCCAGACUCUGUGUUGUGAUACCGUGCUCUUUCACCACUGAUCCUGGCUUUAUACCCCAACAUAUAGUUUGGUACAAAUGUGAACCAUCUGAACCAAAAUGUGGUGAUUCAGACAUUAUAUUCAACAUUAACAAUACUAACAAAGUUCAGUCUGGGUUCAAAGGACGAGUGUCACUGUUGGAGCCUGAUGUGAAUCAGGGGAACUGCAGCAUCAUCAUCAAUGACCUCACGGAGUCUGACUCUGGAUCAUAUCAACUGAGAGUAAAUGGUUUCCUGGAUGGGCGGGAAGAUGGAUUUACAUUCUCUGCAAGAGCAAAAGUCUCUGUUAAAGGUCUGACCCAGAGGCCCACAGUGAUGAUUACUCCUCUGACAAAGGGACAGCAGACCACACUGACCUGCACUGCUCCUGGUCUCUGCUCUGGAUCUGUUCCUGAAAUCACCUGGACAUGGAGAGGAGCAGGAGAGACGGACUCUCACAUCACAGGAAACAUCACUGCUUUCAAGACUGAGGAUCUGACUGCUGUCACUCAGAGACACAGCUCAACUUUGACCUUUAACUCUUCAGCCAAACACCACGACACCAAUGUCACCUGUAAGGUCAGCUUUGCAAACAGCAUCUCAACAGAGGAGACGGUGACUCUGAAUGUCAACUUGAAAGGCAACACGGCUACAGAGAAAAUGACGACUCCUGACAUGACCACUGUAACAACCCCUGCGAGUACUGGAAAUACAACUGUUGAAGAGGGUGGUGCUCUAAAUCUGACCUGCAGUAUUAAAAGUUCUCAUCCAUCGGCACUCACCUGGACUAAACACGGCUCCAACAAAACCCUGCAAAAAGAAACUACAAUUGCCCCGCAGAACAACACUGGAACAGCCGCCCUUGUCAUCAUUAAUGUGACAGCAGAAUAUUCUGGACUGUACAUCUGUACAGCCCAACACCAGACCAGUCUGACUACAGAUUCUGAAGUGAAUGUGAUAUUUCUUCCAACGAUCUUAAGUAGCUCUGCAUGUGUGGUUCGGUUGGAGGUCCUGACCCAUGUGUGUAUCAGUGAGGGGUUUCCUUUACCCACCGCUGAAUGGCCGCUGUUGGAGACUCUCACUGAAUACUCUCUGACAACCAAUGUGUCAAAUCACACGGUGAACAUCAGCAUUACCGUAUUUGUUAAACAUCACAACGACACCACUGUCAAGUGUGUCAGCAACAAUGACGCUACGAACCUCACAAUCAAAACAGUUGUGUUAAACCAGGAGGAUCUACUCAAGAUUUUUUUAAUGGCUUUUAAAAUGCCUCAAGUCAUCAUUGCAUUUUUGAUUGGGAUACUUCUCUCAGCAACCAUCUGCUGUUUGGCCAGAAAAUGUGACAGAAAUAAACAGAAGAACUCAGCUGAGACUCUGGAGAUGAUGACUAUUCAAGCAGUUCCACUGAUCAAUGCUGGUCACGCAGGGGAAUAUGGUGGGGCCCAUGACCAAGAGGCAGCUGAAGGAGGAGCCUCAGCCCCUGACAGUAAUGUGGAACCAAGAGAGGUGGAAUACUCCGCCAUUGACUUCUCCUUGUUAAAUAGGACGAGUUCCAGGGGGGCAGAUGAUACACAAGGGACCACAGAGACAGAGUACGCUGAAAUUAAGAACAAAGUUACAGAGGAGAGUCAAGACAGUGGUGGAGAGGAAGGGGAAAUGUUGGAGGGCAAUGAGGAAAAGGAAGUGAUGACUGAGGAAGAAAAGGAGACAGAACAGUGUGUGUCUGCAGUGGAGGAGGGAGGUGAGGAUGUGGCAGUGUACUCCAAUGUAAAUGAAAAAAUGGGUGAGAUGUGAGGACUGUGUAGCCUGGUAGAGUCUCAGUAUGAUAAUUUUAUUGAAGAAAUGAGACAAACAUGACAGAUUAUUUUAUAUAGACAGGAGUGGCAUAACAUAAAUACAGUGAGAUGAGUAUCACAUUUAACACAGGCAUAAGUGCAAGCUGGGAGUUGAUAUAGUGCAGAUAUUAAUGUUUAGAUGUGAUGCUAAUGUAGGUUUCUUUUUACAGAAAGGACCACAUGUAUGUACAUUAAAAAAAGCAAGUGAGAUGUUAGAGACUGAUUUCCAGGGUAGGUUUCAAAUAUAAUAUUUUCUAAUGUGAUGCCUAAAGACAUGUCAACACCUCUACAUGCUAGAGUCUGUGCUUUUACAUUCAUUAAACUACCAUUAAAUUAUAGGUAAUCACAACAUGAGGUGACAUCUAUUUCAUGUACAGAACACAUUUAAUCCACACAACUGCAGCUUCACAUGACUGAUCCUCAAAUAAGCAAUUCUGAACCGUAUAAAUACCAAAAAAUAAGGCAAGGAAAAAAGUAAAAAGCUGU